AUGGAUGACAGUGACCUGGAUGAGCGCGAUGAUUCGAAAAGGAAAAAUCGGAAUUCUAGCGAAAAGAAACGCAGGGACGUCUUCAACAAUCUCAUAAAUGAGCUCAGUUCCAUGGUGACUAGGUCCUCAAGGAAGAUGGACAAAGGCUCUGUCUUGCAGGCUACAAUAGCCUACUUGAAAAAUUAUAAGGAUACGCCUCCCAACGAUGUAGCCGAGCAAUCUCUGGAUAGGAGUUGGUUCCCGGACUCGCUCACGCAGUCGGAAUUCAAUCGCAUCAUGCUAGAAGGUCAGGACGCCUUCACUAUUUGCAUUUCCUUCAAAGGACACAUCCUCUACGUAUCCGAUGCGAUAGCUUCCAUAUUGGGCUACGUUCCACAGUAUUUGAGAUCCGCAAUUUUCAACAUCGUUCACGAAGACGACCACGCUAAAGCACACAGUCUGUUGAAGACCGCUUCAAGUUCUGACCUUGUCGCCCCGAAAGAUCUCAGCUUGUUAUUCACAACGACUCUGCAUCUACGUUGGGGACCUCUGAGGGACACUCCCACUGGUAGAACGGAGGUUUACGAACCCUUCAAAUUUGUUGGAUACUUCAAAAAUUAUGCAAGAGGAAGGCUCGGCUCGAUGUCCAGUAAAGAGCCGUGGCACCCAUGCUACGUGGCGAUCGCGCUCCCAUUGCGUAUUCAACAGAUAUCCAGAGAACUGAUGAUUCCUGAUGGCACAACGCUGGAGUUCAUGUCUCGCUAUAGUUUGGAAUGGAAAUUCCUUUUAUUAGACAACAGAGCUGCCGAUAUAAUCGGAUACCUCCCCUUCGAAAUAAUCGGAACAUCCGGAUAUGAUUACUACCAUAUCGAUGAUCUGCCGAAAAUAGUUCAAGGUCAUCGUACACUGCUUCAAACAGGCGAAGGUACAUCAUGCCAUUAUCGUUUCCGUACAAAGGGUUCACAGUGGGUGUGGCUACAGACCCGCUACUACAUAUCGUACCAGCAAUGGAAUUCGAAACCGGAAUACAUCGUCUGCACACACCGCGUCCUGAGGUACGUGCGAGAACGAGGAGCCCUGGUGAGCAAUCGUCCCCUGUCGUGUUGA